AAAUUAAAACUGCUAUACUCAACAAUCCUCCAUGAAUAAUUAUUUGAUUGAAAUUCUAUUUUCUUCUUUAACUAUCCAAACAAUAUUUCAAGCUUUUUAAAUAAGAAUAUCAAAAUAUUUCUACACCAAUGGGAUACAAAGUCGAAUAAUCUUGUUAUUUUUUCAACUGUACGAGUAAUUUAAAAUGUUGUUCAUGAUAAAUUAAUCAUUAAUAUUUCAAUUCAAAAGUUUGACUUGAUAGCUCAUCAGUGAAACAUCUCAGGUAACCCUUGCAUGAACACCGACAGUUACUGAUUUUAACUAAUAAUUUUGCUGAAAUUUGGAAACUUUAAAUAUAUUUGAAAUAAUGAUUGAUAGUUUAUUGGAAGAAUGGGCCGAAUUAUCGACAGAAUUCAAGGAUUUAGAGGCUGUUAAUAAAAUAUAUACUGAUAAAUUGGAAGAAUUGGGAGGCUUCCAGAACAAUGUAUUGAAACAAUUAACUCAUCAAAAAUAUCGCCUUGAUCAAGUUUCCAAAUCAUUGAAGGAUUUGAAGAAAAAAGGAGGAACAAAAGAACAAAUAGAACAAUUGGAGAAUGAUAUUUUAAAAAGAAAAAUACAACUCGAAGGAAUAGAACAAACACUACCAAAGAAGAAUGGCAUUUAUUUAAGAAUCAUUUUAGGAAAUGUUAAUGUUUCUAUACUGAAUAAGGAAGAGAAAUUUAAAUACAAGGAUGAAUAUGAAAAAUUUAAAUUAGUUUUGAGUAUCAUUGGUUUCAUACUAUCUCUAUUGAAUUUAAUUAUUAUAUUUAGGCCUUUAGAACUGAGUCAUGUUUUUCUGUUAGUCUGGUAUUAUUGUACCUUAACAAUACGAGAGAGCAUUUUGAAAGUGAAUGGUUCUAGAAUCAAAGGUUGGUGGAGACUUCAUCAUUUUGUAUCAACAGUUGCUGCUGCAAUUCUUCUGAUUUGGCCAGAAAAUAAAGCAUGGGGACUGUUCAGACAUCAACUUAUGGUUUUUAGUGGUUAUAUUAGUACAGUACAGUAUUUACAAUUUAGAUAUCAACAAGGAGCAUUAUAUAGAUUAAAAGCUUUGGGUGAGAGGCACAAUAUGGAUAUUACAGUAGAAGGGUUUCACUCAUGGAUGUGGCGAGGCCUUGGAUUCCUCUUCCCGUUUUUGUUUAUAGGAUACUUUUUCCAACUUUACAAUGCAUAUACUUUAUAUCAACUUAGUUUUCUACCUUCUGCAACUUGGCAUGUUCCUGUUUUAUCAGCAGUUUUCUUCUUUUUAUUCGUUGGAAAUACUGUGACUACAAUCAUGGUAAUUCCAAACAAAAUUCAAGAAAAAAUGUUACUACAGUACAACAUUAUGAGCCAAAGACUGAGUAGUCAAUUCCUAAUUAAUGAUGAUACAGAAAGUGAUUCAACAAAACAGGAUUGAAUUGUAAAGGUAAUCAUCGAAAUUUUAAUCCAUUAUUUAAGUCACCAUGCAUUUUAUUGACUAUUGAGUUGUUUCAUUUGAAUAAAGAAAAUGAAAAA